GUCCGUGUCGUAUAUCUCUCUCUCUCUCUCUCUCUCUCUCCAAUCAUCAUCAGGUGGGCUAUGAAUGUUCGCUCUAUCCGGCAGGAAGGGUAGGUCGAAGGAUCUGAAACACAUCGCCUUCACGAAGAUUCGGUUUCUAUAAAGAUAUAGGAAAGUUCAUCCAUCCAUUUAGUCCUUUUCUUUUGGGUCCAUUGACAGAACCUGGAAAUGGUUGAAAGGUAUGGGGUGUUCUGAUGUGCAAGAAAUACCAUGUUGCAGUGCAUAGACGGGGUUAAGCAUUUAUGUGCUUACCUACUUCGUUGCUGUGAUCUUGAUCUGUAUAGACAAACCAGAGACCUUGAAGAUCCUGAAAUACUUGCGAGGGAGACCGUGUUUAGCGUGAGUGAAAUAGAGGCACUUUAUGAGCUAUUUAAAAAGAUUAGCAGUGCAGUGAUUGAUGACGGGUUGAUCAACAAGGAAGAGUUCCAAUUGGCACUAUUUAAGACAAACAAAAAGGAGAGCUUGUUUGCUGAUCGGGUAUUUGACUUGUUUGACACAAAACAUAAUGGUAUCCUGGGCUUUGAAGAGUUUGCUCGUGCACUCUCCGUAUUUCAUCCAAAUGCUCCCAUUGAUGAUAAGAUAGAAUUUUCAUUUCAACUGUAUGAUCUCAAGCAGCAAGGUUUUAUUGAGAGGCAAGAGGUGAAGCAAAUGGUAGUAGCAACUCUUGCUGAAUCUGGUAUGAACCUUUCGGACGAGGUUAUAGAGAGUAUUAUUGACAAGACUUUUGAGGAAGCUGAUACCAAACAUGAUGGGAAGAUUGACAAGGAAGAGUGGAGAAAUCUUGUUCUGCAGCAUCCAUCCCUUCUGAAGAAUAUGACCCUCCAGUAUCUCAAGGACAUCACCACUACAUUCCCGAGCUUUGUGUUCCAUUCGAGGGUUGAGGAUACUUAGAUCACCAGAUCUGAAUGUAGAAAUCCCAGUCCUUGUUUUGUUGCUUCUGUUAAUGGAGUCCUCUCGCUGGGACGAAAAGUUUUUGCAUAUUGUUUUGUUUCUUUGGCAGAUAUUAGAUAUAGGUCGAAUUUGGUGGUAGCUAUCGAUGGUGGGAACUUGUUCCUGUGGAAUUUAAUGCUUGUGUAUUUUGUUUCAGUGAAUCAUAGGCAAGUGUGUUUCCAGCAACC